AUGCCUAAGGGUCGUCGUCUAUCUUCAACAGAUCAAAGCCAAAUUCUAUUGCUUCGUCAAGCAGGCCAUAGCAACAAGGCCAUCGCGGAACAACUCGGCCGAUCCAGACGUUGCAUCGACGAUUUCGUGAAGAAUCCUGCGACAUACGGUCAAGCACACGGAGGAGGACGUCCACUCAAAUUGACACGAGCCGACCACAGACGGAUGGCUAGAAUGGCUUCCAAGUCAGCAAUGAGUGCCAACCAGAUUCGUGCACGACUUUCACUUAAUGUGUCGACCUCCACUGUAUUGCGAGCUAUUCGUCGUCAAAUAAUCUUGUGGUGGGAGAGGAUGAAGUCAGCUCCCCGAUCUAGGAAGGGUGGACCUGACAAUUUCGCAGCUAUAGGUGACGACCGGCUCAAUCUACUACAACCUCCAUCGGUACCACAUAAAGGUCUACUCAAAGCAGAUUGCUUCUAG